UCUUGUCCAGCUAUGUAACCAGCAUAAGAGCUGUGCUGGGUUUAAACCUCAGAAUACCUCCCUAAAUCCUAAUGGACGUUUCUGUCUCUCCCUCCCUUUUGUAGUGUUUCAGUUCAUAUGCAACGGCCGCUUGUUUAUUCUUCUCCUCUUCAGCUUCCCACUGCACCUCCCAGGAGGACAGAAAGGGAAUUGCAUCAGCAGCAACAUCCUCAAGCUUUGGCAUCCUCGCUGGUCAUCUUCAGUACCCGAGCCAUGGAAAAGCACCAUUCUGCUCUGUAAGGGGCCUCCGGGAGGCCGUGGCACCCCUGUCCGACAGGCAUGGGAAAAUAACCGCGAACUCGGAGAGGUUGCAUGGCUUCUAAGAGCAGUUGAGCCAGGGAUCGGGGAAAGAAGAGGAGGGGAGAGGCUGUGCUGGGUUUCUUCCUCGCUGUGCAGGAGGAGAAGAUGGCUGCCAUGAAGGUAUUGACAGGAUCGGGUCUCUUUCUGGCAUUCUGCGCUCUCGGACUUCUCGCUAUGGCCAUCUGUACAGAUUAUUGGUACGAGACUGAUGCCCGCCGGCACCGGGAGCGCUGUAAGAACUAUGCAAACAAAAGGACAGACCCGGGCUUCAUUUACAGCACCGACCCUAUCUCUAAUUUGCCUCUCCGCAUGCCGCCCCGGGCCAGUAGCAGCGGUAAUAGCACUGAGGUGGAGAAGGAAGAGGAGGGCAGCCCUUUUCUUAGGGCGAAGCGCUACAUCCUCGCCCCAAAUUCGGCAAUGGAGUCGCACUGCAGUCGUCAGUUUAAUUCUACCAUCUCGGGUCUCUGGAGGAAAUGUCACCGCCAGGGUUACGACCAGGACACUGAGGAGCUUAUAUUCAAAGGCAUCAUUGAACGCUGCACUGCAGUGAAGUAUCACUACACAUCGUCUACGCUUCCACGCAACCUCCCCAUCAAUGUAACAAAGACAAUCCGUCAGGAUGAGUGGCAUGCCCUGCAUCUAAGACGAAUGACGGCUGGCUUCAUCGGGAUGGCGGUGUCCAUCAUCCUCUUUGGCUGGAUCAUCGGGAUGCUUGGAUGCUGCAGGCAGCAUGAUUUAAUGCAGUAUGUAGCAGGACUGCUCUUCCUUAUGGGAGGUACAUGCUGCAUCAUCUCCUUGUGCACAUGCGUGGCAGGGAUAAAUUUUGAACUCUCUCGUUAUCCUCGUCACAUGUAUGGACUCCCUGAGGACAUUAGCCAUGGAUAUGGCUGGUCAAUGUUCUGUGCUUGGGGAGGGCUGGGACUUACUCUGCUAGCUGGAUUUCUCUGCACACUAGCCCCCUCACUGAAUACCCCUCGCACCCCUGUUCAAAAGCCUCGACAGGAGAAUGGCAUGGUUUGACCCAAGUCUUGCAUUCGGUAGACCUUCUGGAGCAGUGGCAAAAAAAUGAGGGGGUGGGAGUUUAUUUGAUAUAUGGACAUUACCCCACCCUGUUCUUCAGAAUCAGAGACAGUGACUGAAACUGAUCAAUCAUAUGAAAAAAGAUCUGCCCUGUUUGUCAGGAUACAAAGGAAAAAUAAUCAAGCAAGAUGAUUAACUAAAAAUGGCUGUUUCAGAUGAAAAGUACUGAUGUUUGUCCUGGACUUGUUGUAAAACUGCCAAUUAGCACAGACUUCCACUAAAGGAAUAACUGUUUAAAAGUGGCAUUUUGUGGAACAUUUAAGCUGCUCAGUAUUUCAAGCGGCCAUGCUGGACGAUCGAUCAUGAUUUGUGAGUGUGUGCGUGUCUGAGUGUGCGUCUGUUUUUUUUUUUUUUUUUUUUUUUUUUAAUCUAAGUGGCCUGUACUCAUUCUGUUUAGUAAUGAGUUCAACAUUCUGCUUUGUCAAAUGUGAAAUAUGAAAAACUUUUCAUAUCAGAGAACACUCACAGUUUUCUAACUUUUUUGAUACUAGCGACAGAUUGCCCCAUAUAUUUCGCCUGAUGACACUCUAAAGAGGAAGUCAGAGCAUGCACCCCCACAAAUGUAAAUGAAUUUCAUGGUGCUGGGGGGAGAAAGGACUGCUUGAUUUUCAAGGUUUGCCAAGGAAGGCAAGUACAAAAAUUAUCAGGGGGUAUAGCUUCCUGGCAACAAACAGCAAACCAAGUUUUCUGAUAAUUGCUAAAAGAUAUCUGCAUCUCCAUUUCUAAGAGACAGACUUCAAAAAUAAUUUCUUUACCAUGACAUUCCAGAGAAAUGCUGAAGCUGUUGUAUAUUAACUUGGCUUAGAUCUAGUUGAUUUGUCUUAAAAGCAUUUUUUUACAGAACAUACAGAAGGGGUUUGCUUUUCAAAACAUAACAAUUUCCAUCAAAUGCAGUUCUUUGUUUCCCAGAUAUAUUUUUUUCAAUGUUUUUACACUAAUACCUUUUUACAAAUGCAUACAGACAACUUUACCAGAUCAGGUAUGUUUACUGAACAGCUAUAAUCCUUGGAGGCCAUUUUAUUAAGCGAAGCCCUUUACCUUGCAAACUCCUUGUAUCUUGUCUUGGUAGUGUCUAUCUCCACUCAUUUCUUCCUGUAAUGCAGUAUUCUCUAUUUACUGCCAAAUAUAUCCUUGAGCCAAUGGGGUGAUUCAAUAGUACUUCUAGUAACAUAUUUUGUGCAAACAGUGCACUGACAUGUUACAGGCAUGCCUGAACUGCAGGGUUUAGUGAAAGAUCUACUACCAUAUGGCACUGAAAAUGAAAGCAAGGCCUGUAUUCUUUUGUAGAGGCCUGAUAACCCCUUAAUGCUAUCAAGUUUAUAUCCAUGUUACUUACUGUGGGUGUUAAUACAGAUGGAAAUCUGGAAUAAACGGCAGUGUUCUAAAUAAUAUGAAAAAAAUAAGAGGAGUACCUCAUAAUUCUUAUCAAAAUGUACCUAAAUAAACACAGAUAAGAAAAACUGUGUUUUAGUAUUUCUGUUUACUCUUUUUCAUAUAGUCAGUUAAAUUAGUGUGGGGGCUGGGGAUGGUAAUUGCAACACCAUAACCUGACAUAUCCCUUUGUGUAGAGACUAUUGUGCAUGAGCUGCUGGUCUGAUGGAAUUCUCAUUCUGUGUAAAAGCCACAUUGUUGCCAGUAACAUUCCAGGGGUCAAAUAGUUAUUUAAGUACAGGCCAAGUCUUUGUGACACUUUGUAGCUGUAGAAUCUCCUUAGACUAUUUAGAUGAAUAGGUAGCUUCACCAGUUUCUGAUGAUAGCCAUCAGUGGCUAAUUAUAACCCUUCAUCUUCAUUACAUCCUAAUUAUAGCCUUUGCAUUCUGGUAAGUCUUUGGGGGAAUUGGUCCUUGAUUAUAUAUAAAUUCAUUCACAAGCAAUUAGUUGAUCAUUAUCUUCCCAAUCCUAGUACCGAUCCACAUUUUUAAUAGUGUGUUUUAGUGUGAGAUCCCGGUUAAGCUGGAAAAUGUUUUCAUCUUUGCAGAGUAUUUUUAGUUCCCUUUGGUUGUGCGAUUGUGGACUUAUUUAAGUAAGGGAGCAUACUAGUCCCACAUAUUGGUGGGGGGAGGGGGUUAUUAUCACAGCAAAAAAAAUGCCAGUUGUGUUUUUCAUUGUAUGUUUGAAUCUAUUAUUCUCAAUCAUUUUCGAUAUGUAUGUUAACAUCUGGCAGGGCAGAUUCUGGAGCUGACUCCUCAUAGCAAAUCCACCCUUCAAUCACAGCCCUUACUAAUUGUAGUUUUUGUUGAGAACUAAGCCUGUAACCCACUGAUCAUCAUUAAGAAUACUUUAUUACAGUUCCUGAGAUACUGGUCUCCAUCAGUUUUAGUUUGUUGUCCUCAUUACUUUAACAUACUGUCUGGACACAAUAGCCCCCACCAACAUCUGAUCACAGCCUUCAAUACAGGUUAUGUUGAUAUAGUGUUAAAUCAGGAAUGCUGCAUUUAUGGUAUUCAGAGUCCAUCCCCCAGAAGCUGACAGCAUGAGACAUGACCAAUAUAAGAAAACUUAUAUAUAUAUAUAUAUAUAUAUAUAAGAAAACUUAAACACACACACACGUGUAAGUAUAAAUUGAGCCAGUUGGUAAACAAGUCACAUGAGGUUAUUCAUUUGUCUACUUAAAUGAGUACAAAGGUAGAUAAUGCAAUGCUAUAUCUCAAGCUCAGAAAAUCCAUGGUUACACCUGGAGUUAUUAAUCCUUAUGCAUCUGGUUGCUGGUUCAAAUGUCAGUGGUAGCAGUCCACCUUAAACUUAUUGAACUGCCAAACUAUGAGGUACAUUAGGAGGAAUCACUGGUGUGCUGGCUUUGUAAGACAAAAAUAUUGUAUUCACCUGUACCACUGGCAUUCCAUGUUUAGUGGCAAACCCGGGUUGCAGUGGGAGUUGAGGGCAAGUAAGUGCUACCAUACAGCUGCUCUAUGGCACUCUUAUAGUACUAAUUGCCCUCAAAAGCAAAGAGCAGAUUUCUUAAGACUCUUACACCAAACUAUACAUGCCAGUAGGUGAAUUCGAAGAGGUGUCACCGCAUAUCUGGCCUUGCAGCAUGGAUACCUAAAAAAUAUACUCCAGAAUACUACUACACCUAUAAAAAGAAAGGCUUUUGCAAGCUGGGGUGUAUGAGAACUAUCCCACAGUAUGUAUUCAGGAACUGUAGCAUAAGAAUGAACUAUUGAAGAUGGCUGAGCUCUGCCCAAACAAACUGGUAAGGACUGAGAAUGCAUGUGGCAAAAAUCAUAGUAACAAAGAAGCGAGUAUUUCAUGCUUCUUCCUAUAGCUUUUAGUGGAGUCUCACAGGGGAUACAAAGAUUAUUAUUAUUUAUACUUAAUUUACACCCUUGUUUCUCUCUCUAUCUCUUUAUACCUAUACAAAUACAUAUACAUCAUGGCUGACAUGGUAGUAGUUACCCCAAUCUUUCUCAACUUGAAUUUUAACUUCUUCAUCUUUCGGCUGCUCCCAUUAGGGGUUGCCACAGCGGAUCAUCUGUUUCCAUUUCUUCCUGUCCUCUGCAUCUUGCU